UUGCACCCACGAGGGAGGCUAUAACAAAUUGAGCAAAACAGAAGCACGCACCAUGGCGCUCAGCAAGGAGCAACACAGCAGCAGCGCUGAUCAACAGGCCGUGCGGCUGGAUGCUCAGGUCCAGCUCUGGCACCACACCUUCGGCUACGUCAAGUCCAUGGCGCUCAAGACCGCCCUGGACCUCCACAUACCCGACACCAUCCACCAACAUGGCGGCUCAGCCACCCUCCCACAGAUAGUCACCGAGGUCACACUCCACCCGUCAAAGAUACCAUGCCUGCGACGCCUCAUGCGUGUUCUCACCGUCACCGGCGUCUUCAGCGUCCAGCAUCACUCGGCCGACGGCGGCGGUGAUGAGCUUCUGUACGGGCUCACUCCGGCGUCUCGUCUUCUCGUCGGCUCGGCGCUGAACGUGAGUCCUUUUCUAACCUUGAUGCUCGACACCCUCUUCGUGUCUCCCUUCCUCGGUCUCCGCGAGUGGUUCCAGCACGAGAUGCCCAAUCCGUCACCCUUCAAGAUGGCCAAUGGACGGGACCUCUGGGACCUGAACGACCACGAUGCAAGCUUCGGCGAGCUCUUCGACAGAGGGAUGGUCGCGGAUAGCGACUUCAUCAUGGACAUCGUGGUCAGGGAGUGCGGCAACGUCUUCCAGGGGAUUAGCUCCCUGGUCGACGUCGCCGGCGGGCUCGGUGGCGCUACCCAGGCCAUCGCCAAGGCGUUCCCGCAUGUCGAGUGCAGCGUGCUGGAGCUCUCACAUGUUGUCGCCAGAGCUCCCACCGGCACCGAUGUGAAGUACAUCGCCGGUGACAUGUUCGAGAGCAUUCCGGCGGCAAACGCUGUCUUCCUCAAGUGGGUCAUGCAUGACUGGGGUGAUGCCGACUGUGUCAAGAUUUUAAAGAACUGCAAGAAGGCUAUACCCUCUAAAGAAAGAGGAGGAAAGGUAAUAAUAUUGGACAUCAUGGUUGGAGCAGGGUCAUCGUCAGACCAGAAGCAUGUGGAGACGCAAGUCUUGUUCGAUCUCUUCAUCAUGUUUAUCAAUGGUGCCGAGCGAGACGAGCAAGAGUGGAAGAAUAUUAUCUUUGAAGCUGGAUUUAGCGAUUACAAGAUUAUACCUGUUCUAGGUGUCCGAUCAAUAAUCGAGGCCUACCCAUAGAAAUUUAUGUAAUAAGUAUGUGUGAGGUCUGCUCGGGCCAGGAAAAUAAUUUGGUAACUAAAAUAUGAAAUUUCAGAAAUAUUGUUGGAAUUUCGGCACAUAUUUUUUC